CUCCGUUCGCUCCAGGUAGCAAACAAAAUGCUCCCCCUCAAUCGGCCGGGCGCGCCGGAAUCGUUGGCUCCGUUCCGUUCUCGCUCGCCGCCGCAGCCGCCGACCCAUCCGGUCCAGCGGGCCUUGUCCGCUCCAAGCCAUCCCAACGCGGCGCUCGCCCGUACGGCUGCCUGCCAGCAGCGUCCACACCCACACCGCGGCGCGCGGCAGCUGUUCGACGGAAUGCCAGCCACGCCGUGAGACGCCAUCUCUUCUCCUGGACCACGCGCGCGCGCACGCUGCUAACCACGACUAUGCCGCGUGCGCCUCUUCUUCCACGGCAUUGCCCCCGGCGGCCGCGACGCAAUGGCGUUCCCAAGGUGCGCGAAUGUCCUCCUUCUCUCCUCUGAUCUGCCUCGUGCUGCCAUUGGCAUACAACCCUCCUGAUUGGCCCUGAAAAAUCUUGAUUGUUUGAAUCAAAUAUGCCAAUGCAAGUGCGAAGAUGCUGAACGACCUUUUCUCAUGUCUCCGUCCGCUUCUUUUUUUCUCUUGUCUGGAAACAUAUGCUGAGCCAACAAAGUGGGCCUUACUCUAGCUCGGGUCACGAUCCUCCUUCCUGAUGGGCCGUAUUUGUUUGAGUGGAGGUGAGCUCCCAGGGACUUGUUGAUGUUUGUGGAUCGGUGUAUAGGUGUUCACAAGCUAAGCUCUGCUGCAUGAUAGGAUAGAGCCAGAACGCAGUUUCCUGCUUCAUCGUUGUCAUCGCAUCAUUUGUGUAUCAUUACAUUAUAUAUCAAAAUUCUGAAUGUUGUGAAGAUAUAUAAGGGAACAGUUAGACCCUGGAUAAGCUAAUCAAGUUGCUCGUUAGUUUAGAGCCAUAUUUUUAUCUGUGCUAGUACAGUGGGUAGGACAUAGAUGCUUGCAGCUGGCAUUUGUUUUAGGCAUCCUAAACAAGUUUCUUUUGUUUUGUAUGUACAGUCAUAGUGGAGUAAUGGUAGAGUUGGCUGGAUAUAACAGAAGGACUUGGCAUAGGAUAGCAAGUCUUGGUACCUGACCCCUUGUUUAAUUUGUGUUUUGUGACGUACGUAUGCCCUCAUGUCAUCUGUUAGAGUUGACCCAUAAGUUUAGAAAGAUUGCCGUUAGGCAAAGGAGCUUAUACACUAGCAGAAUCCUUGUUUCUUUCAUGAUGGUGUAAAGCUGCGACGGAUUAAGGUACUGAAAACCAUCAUAAAACUUAUCCUGUGAGGUUUCCUGAGGCAUUACUUGACACAGAUCCUUAUCCAGGGAGAGCUAUUAUUCCUGGAAGGACUGGCAUGGAAAGCUUUCCUGACAGUUAUUGGUGAUGGCAAGUCUGCACCUUGAUCUCAGGGAUAAUUAGCAUUCUGGGAGGUGCGUGUACAAAUGGAAGGAAGAAAGCCCACCAAGUUUCAGAGUUAGCGGCAGCGCAUGCCCAGCCUCAUCAGUUUCUUGCUACCAGUCCUAACAAAACCAAGAAUUUUUCGGUAGAAGCUAGUGAGGAGCAGCAAGGGUGUCAUUUCAUGAAUGAAAACAAAACCUUUCCGGUCUACAUAUGCAUCCUCUCUAAUGAGAUUUUGAAGCUCUUUCGGAAAUGUUGAAACAAUGCAGAGCAAAAGCUCUGAUUAAUCUAUGAUCUAUGGAAAUGUGCAUGACCAACUCUUCACUGGCUUGCACAUGGAAAUGUACAUGGCUAUUUUCUGUGGUUGGGUUUGGCGUGGAUCUAGAUGAUUAAUCUAAGUUAAUUAACUAUGAACUGCAUGCAUGCAGCCUCGCUAACAUUAGGCGGGGUGAAUCUAGAGGACAACUAUAGUUAAUAAUAUCCUGCCAGUUGUUGGCCCUAGCGUGAACGUAGAGGUGAUCUAGUCUCGAUUAGUAGCUCACAAAGAAAAAGGAAGUAUAAACUGGGAAGCAACUGGGAAUCAACUCUGUAGGGUAAGUUCAGUGGAGGCCCAUCCUGUGAGAGAGACCUGUUGGAAUGCGUGUCUCGUGUUGGGUUAAGUAUUGCACAUGCUUAAUUUUUUAGACUCCAUUAUUGCAGAGGGCCGGUAUCUUGCUAAGUUAUUCACUUCUUUCUUUCGUCUACCUCACUUGCAGCUGCAAUUCAAUGCCAUCUUCUCCAUCAACAGUAGGUGCGAGCUAUUCCAUUUUUCUCACAGACCAGAUCUGGAUCGACUAGUGAACCAGCCGGCCUUCGGUGCUGCUCGCUUUGGCCAUGGAAUAGUCUGAGCACACGCAGCAAAUUUCAGGAGUACAGUUAACCAGAGGCCAAGAUAAGAUGUCCACCAAGAGAUAGCUGGAAUAAUGGUGAGUGUUUCUACUGGCGUGAUGAACUCUUUGUUGGGUAAGUUGACAACCCUCAUGGGAAAGGAGUUUGCAAGGCUGAAGAACCUGCGAAAACAAGUGACGUCCAUUAGCGAUGAGCUUGCCUACAUGAAGGAUGCUCUUGAUGGGCUUUCAGAUCUUGAAGAGCUAGAUUCACAAACUAAGAGGUGGGGAGACUCGGUGAGGGAUAUGACCUAUGACAUCGAGGACAUCAUCGAUGACUUCAUGCAAAGCAUUGGUGAGAAUGAUAAAACUACUGGGCUUGUUAGCAAUGCUGUUCGACGCCUCAAAACUUUGAGGGCUCGUCAUCGGAUUGCUGGACAAAUUGAAGAGGUAAAAAAACUUGUGCUAGAGACAAGUGAACGUCACAGAAGGUAUACACUUCGUAUACCCCCAUCGAGUGAUGUUGGCAUUGAUCUACGAUCCACUGCACUCUAUACAGAAGCGGCUGACCUUGUGGGUAUAGAAGGACCAGCGAAUGAGCUUGUCAGUAUGUUAAUGGAUGAGGAGAAGAAGUUGAAGGCGGUAUCAAUUGUGGGAUUUGGAGGUCUGGGCAAAACGACACUUGCCAAUGAGGUAUACCGUAGGGUCAAGGGGGAAUUUGACACUCAUGCACUUGUGACAGUGUCUCAAAAGCCUAACAUUCCAAGACUUCUCCAUGAUUUACUAUCCAAACUUGGCACAGAGACAUCUAUUAACACUUGCGAGUCACUUCUUAUCGGCAUGCUCAGAGAACAUCUCCAAACUAAGAGAUUCCUGAUUAUUGUUGAAGUGUAUAUGUGGAUUGCCUAGCCCUUUCCAUCAGUUCGGACUUUUGGUUGCGUUGGCUAGUGCAUGAAGCUUAACAUGGUAUCAGAGCUAAGGUCUUGAGUUCAAGUCCUGGCUUUGGCAAUUUAUUUAAAAAUUGCUGCUGCCACCCCUUUGUGUCCACGUAUGAGCCUCUUAAGCCAUACCUCUGAGUCUAUCCACAUGUUGACUUUCCGCGUCACAUGUGAGAGGGGUGUUGAAGUGUAUAUGUGGAUUGCCUAGCCCUUUCCAUCAAUUCGGACUUUUGGUUGCGUUGGCUAGUGCAUGAAGCUUAACAAUUAUAAUUGAUGAUCUAUGGGGUACGGCGGCAUGGGAUAUUAUUAAAUGUGUUUUUGUGAAAAAUGAUCUUGCUAGCAGAGUAGUACUAACUACAAGAAAUAAAGAAGUGGCUAUGAGAUGUUGCUCCCAUCAUCAUGAUUGCAUUUUACAAAUGAAGCCCUCACCAAUGAAGACUCAGCAAGGCUGUUUUUCAGUAGGAUAUUUGGCUCAAAAGAAGCUUGCCCUCCCCCCAGCUUAGAGAUGUUUCGGUUCAAAUCAUCAAAAAAUGUGGCGGUUUACCUCUUGCAGUUAUCAGUAUAUCUAGCAUGCUAGCCAGUAAAGGUUGCAACCAAAAGGAAUGGUGGGAAUAUGUACAAAAUUCUUUGGGUCCACGAAGCAAUUACAUGCUUGAAGUUGAAGGGAUGAUGCAAAUCUUAAACCUCGGCUACAUAGAUCUUCCUCCUUAUCUGAAGACAUGCUUUUUGUAUCUUGGUAUGUAUCCGGAGGACUACCAAAUAGAGAGGUCUAAUCUGGAACGCCAAUGGAUGGCUGAAGGCUUUAUCGGUACAGAAAAUGGACAAGAUGCGGAGAAGGUUGCAAGAAAUUAUUUCAAUGAGCUUGUGAAUAGAAGUCUUAUUCAACCUAUAGAAUUCGACAAGCAAGGGUCGGUGACAAAAUGCAAGGUGCAUGAUAUGUUGCUUGAUCUUAUCUUGAUGAAAGCAGCACAAGAGAAUUUUCUCACUAUAGUGGAUGGCUCACAUGCCUUUACAGAACUGAAAAACAACGUCCGUCGGCUGUCUAUCCGCUUGGAUGGUGCAAGUAAUGGCCGAGAAAUACUAUCAAGAAACAGUGGUAUGUCACAGGUUCGGUCAGUUAUGUUCUUUGGGAGCUCUCAGAAUACACCUCCUUUGUCAGAGUUCAAGUUCCUCCGAGUUGUUCAUAUUGACCUGGACUAUGCUACAGUUGACCUCACUGGAUUGUGUAGACUUUAUCAGCUGAGGUAUUUAUGCAUUAGUGACACUUGAGAUACCAACAAAGAUUAGAGUGCUUCAACACUUGCAGACACUUGAGCUGUUUAGUUGUGACAGGGUUCCGUCAGAUAUAAUCCAUCUCCCCCGCUUGAUGUUUCUGAAAGCUUGGACGAGACUACCUGAUGGGAUUGGCAAUAUGAGAUCCCUAAGGCAUCUAUUUGGAUUUGAUUUUGCGUUGUACAAGCUAGAUAAUAUCAGGGGCCUUGGAGAGCUUACCAAUCUGAAAUUUCUUUUUCUCACGUGCAGCAUUCGUAAGGAUGACUGGGAGAGACGUAUGGAUGCUCUAUGCUCUUCUCUGGGAAACCUGUGUCACCUAGAGAACCUGUUUGUCGAUCUCAUCGGCUGCAUAGAUGGCUUCAUGCCAUUGUUUCCUCCCCCAGCUCAUUACCGCCUUGAGAGACUUAUCAUGCAAUGGAGGUGCUGGUUUUCCAGGGUCCCUAGCUGGAUGGGGGAGCUCCAUAACCUCUGCCAGUUGAAGUUCAAAGUUGCUGAGCUGCUAACUGAUGGUGUUGGUAUCCUUGCUGAGCUGCCCGCCCUCACUCACCUCGACGUAGAGACCGGAAAAGCCACAGACAAAGUGAUUUCUAACGAGAGAGGAGCAUUCCCUGCUCUAAAGAGUUUUAAGCUUCUAUUAAGUAGCGCUUCGUACUUGACCUUCCAGGCCGGAGCAAUGCCCAGGCUCCAAAGGUUGAAGCUAAAAUUCAAUGUCCAUGGAUCGGAGCAGACUGGGGCUGCACCUGCCGGCCUCGAGCAAUUGUUAGCGCUUGAAGAGCUGACUGCAAAAAUCUGCUGCCACCGUGCUUCAGAGUCCGACAAGAGAAGUGCGGAGUCUGACUUGAGGAGUGCCAUCGACAUGUUUCCAAGCCAUCUUCUAGUCAAAGUCAGCUAUGAAGAGGUUUGGAAUUUUGGUUUUUCUGAUGACUAGUAUGGUGGCUACGACUCGGCGGCAAGCAAGCUGGAGAUGUGGUGGACAACAAUUCCUGAGAUUUGGAAUAACACGGACGGAUCACUGCAGGCGUAUGGAUCUCUCGCAUCUAUGCGGCGGCAGAUUGACACGGACCGAUGUUUUUCCCGGCUGGAAGAUUGAGCUACCGCUUUGCUUCUUGCCACCUCAUUUGGUCGAGCUCUUUCUUCUCCCUUUUCAGUCUGAAGUUGUGAACGAUUGUUUCGUUGAGAUGCCUGUUACAAGGCCGGGUCUGGUGAUCGAGAGGAGAUUGUACUGAUCGAUGUCGUCUCUGAAUUGGUCGGUGCCUACUGCUCUCUUAUUGAACUGAAUAAGAUGUUCCCUGUCUCUCGAUUCAUAGCAAUAAAACUUGACAAAAGACAAGUAUGAUGCUGUGUUGUGACACUCUCAGUCGGUUCCAAAUUAACUUUGCUACUAUGACACGUUGUUUCACUCAUUUCUUGAACAUUUCUUUUAUCGAAGUUGCCCGGAGACGAUCUUUCUAGCAAGCUCAUAAUAUGUUAGUGUCAUUGUAGAGGACG